AUGUCUGUAAGCAGUAGAUAUGUGGCUCUGCUGCAGCUGCUGCUUCUCUGUUUCUUCUUUGUUCUUUUCUUUGCCUCUGAACCCUCCCACGCUCACAUAGUUAGCAGGGGCCUCCCUGCACGAAGCCCCUCUGUUACUACGUUCGUUCUGAAGCAUUUAAACGGCAAGCAUGCAGCGGAAGAAGGUGAAGGAGAGUCAACGGGCAGCAUGAAACUCUCGAAGAACCACUCUAGUUCUAGCAAAAACACACCAAGAAGUGUCAUUGACCCUUUCUCAGCAGCUCAGAUGCUCACCAGGGAGAAAUACAAGAACGAACUGACAGCUAGAGUGCAUUUGAGGGGCCCACGCGAGUUAGAAGAAGCACACGAACAACCAAAGACUGCUGCAGCAGCAUCAGUUACUAGAGCAGCAACAACAGCAGCAGCAGAAGCAAAGAAGAGUCCCCGCAGCAGUUCCUACUCUAAAACUUCCUUUUUGAGUUCUGUGGGCAAAUCAUUUCUUCAGUCUGCUUCGAAUAAAGAUAAUGCAGGGGAAGAGAAAGAUGAUGCUGAAGAUGAAUCUGAGACCUUUCUGCAGCUGCCUUCUCGUUACACUUACUCCAACGUAAAGCCGCACUUUCCCGUUCUGCCUGAAUUCUUUUCAGACGAAGAAAAAGUGGAGGCCAGAGAACAACAACGAGGAGGAAGGGGGGAGCAGUCUUCUGCUGCUGCUGCUGCUGCUGCUGACCCUUCUGUUGCUGCUGCUACACAGGAAGAGAAAAGCAUGGAGGCAAUUCCUGCUGCCUCAUUGGUGCAGGCGUCAGCUGCUGCAGAGGAGUCAACAAAUGCAGAGAAAACAAAGCAAGAAAGCGAAGCGGAAGCGGAAGAAGAGGAAGAUAGAGAAGAGAGUGAACAUCCCUCAAAGGCAGACAAAUCAGAAGAAGAGACUGUACACACAGCAGCAGAGACAGCGGAGGCAAACACACAACACACUCAAGGGCUUCCCGAGACAGAAACAAGCAAAGAAGAACAUGAACACAAAGGAGAAGAAGAGAAAGGGCAUGCGCCCCCCUUAGCUAUACCACAUGAAAAGAAAGAAGCUGCAGCAUCAGAACAAGAAGCUGCAAGCAGUAAAGAAAGCUCCUCUAAAUCAGCACCAGAAGAAGAAGAAGAGUUGCAAAGUAUAAAGGAGAGCGGGCGUACAGCUGCACUGUUACCUGAAUCAGCAAAAGAGACAGAGAAAGAAACAGAAAAAGAAGCAAAAGAAGAAACGAAAAAAGCAGAAGAAACCCAUAAAGAAAUGCCCGUUGCAAAACACCCACCGAAAGAAGAAGAAAAAGCAAAAAAAGAAGAGGAAAAGGAGGAGACAGAAGAAGAAAAAGAAAAAGAAGAAGAAACUCACAAAGAGCCGCCUGCUGCAAAAACAGCUGUACCUGUACAGACACCACCAAAGGAAAAGGAAACAAAGGAGAAAGAAGAAGAAAGAGAGAAAGAAGAAAAAGCAAAAGAAGAAGAACAAAGAAAAAAAGAAAUAGCAGAGAGAGCAACAAAACUUGCUAACCUGCAGCGCAUGGAGCAAGAAGCUCUUUUAAAGCUGCAUAUGUUAGGAGAAGGAGGGCCUAGAGAAAAUGUAAUAACACCAACGGGGGCGUCGGCGAUGAGCGUGCAAGAUGAAGAGCAGCACAGACAGUUAGCAGCAGCAACGGAGACAGCGCAGCACCUGGCGACUCACUUAAAAGUGCAGCAUAAAUUAAAACAAAGAGAAAUGCAAAUUAAACAAAAAGAAAUGGCUCACCUCAAUCAACUCAAACAUCUUCAAGUGCUCAUGCAAUCGGCUGUAUCUGGUAUUUGGGGCAAGCUAACAAGCGUACAAAGCACUUUAAAGCAAUUAACAGCGGAGAGUGAAGCUGUGAGUAAACGCUUUUUAAAGGAGACAAACAACCGAGUACUGAGACCUCAAGAACUUCCUCAAGCAGAGACAUCAGCAGAAGAUAAACAGCAGCAAAUGCUGCUAGCUAAACAAACUGGAGCAUCUCCUUUAGACUGCCCAGUUGAGAUAUGA